GAUAGCAACAGCUCAUGGUUCUCCUAGAAUCAGAAGGUUUUUUUCACUCAAUGGAGGAACGUAGUCAGAAAUGCUGAUGAAUGUCUUGCUUGAGCCGUGUAUGCAACUGGUUCACCUCUGAUGCUCACAGGCAUGGUGUAUUGGAAGAGAUUUCUGAAUGUUCUUUGCCCAGCAUACACGCCUCAAACCAGACAUGUGUUAUCUACUCAUUUUCUGGAUGCAGAGUUCAACAGAGUUCAAGUGAAGGUCAAGCAAAUCAUAGAGAAAGCAGACUGUAUUGCAAUCAUCUCUGGUGGGUGGUCAAAUGGUCAUGGACAAGGAAUAAUUAACUACAUCUCCACACCUAACCAGUAUUCUACAAGCGCACAGACACAAGGGACAAUAGACACACCGGUCUCAACAUUGCAGAUGAGCUGAAGGCAGUUAUCAAUAACCUUGGACCACAGAAGGUAUUUCCACUGGUGACAGACAAUGCUGUGAACAUGAAGGCUGCUUGGUCUAAAGUGGAGGAGUCCUACCCUCACAUCACACCCAUUGAAUCUGCUCCUCUAGGACAUCAUGGCACUGAAAACAAUGGAUACACUCUACAAGAGAGCCAAGGAAAUGGUUAGGUAUGUGAAGGGUCAUCAAGUUAUAGCAGCAAAGUGAGAAGAAUAAGAGCACCACAUUGAAGCUGCCCAGCAACACCCAUUAGGGUGGUGGUGUCAUGUUUGACAGUCCUGGAGGGGAAGGCGUCUCCAAGAAAAGGUCAUAUCAUAGUCUGCCGAUAUGGACAGGCCCAUCAAGAUGGAUGAUGUAUUUUGGGAGAGAGGGGUAAGCAGCCUGAAACUCCUGAAACCUAUAGCAGUAGCCAUUGCACGGAUUGAGGGAGACAAUGCCAUCCUGUGUGAUGUUCAGAAUCUGCUUGCAGAUGUAAGAGAAGAAAUCCGUACUGCCCUGCCCACUUCACUGUUGCUCCAAGCAGAGGAAACUGCAGUUCUGAAAUACAUCAAAAAGCGUGAAGACUUCUGCCUGAAGCCCAUACACGCCGCAGCGUACAUGUUGGACCCCAAGUAUGCUGGCAAGAGCAUCCUGUCGUGUGUAGAGAUCAACAAGGCCUAUGGUGUCACUUAAUUUCAUGAAGCUGCUAGUUGAGGACUUGAGAUGUCUGUUUCUCAAACUAGACACUAAUGUACUUGUUCUGUUGCUCAGUUGUGCACCGGGGCCUCCCACUCUUUCCAUUCUGUUUGGCGCCAGUUAGUGCUGUUCUGUGAAGGGAGUACUACACAGCGUUGUACAAGAUCUUCAGUUUGUUGAUGGUGGACUGGAGGAACUGGUGGAGGAACUUAGCAGCGGUAAAAUAAUGUACGCUUUCUGUCGUGUCGAGGACCCAAACUCUGGCCUGUGCAAAUACGUCCUGAUCAACUGGACUGGAGAAGGUGUGAAAGACGCCAGGAAAGGACUAUGUGCCAAUCAUGUCAGCUCCAUAGCUAAUUUUCUCAAGGGAGCCCAUGUCACAAUAAAUGCCCGUGCAGAGGAGGAUGUGGAACCUGAGGCUAUUAUGCAAAAGGUGGCCAAGGCCUCAGGGGCCAACUACAGCUUCCACAAAGAGUCCAACAAAUUCCGAGACGCUGGUCCCCAGGGACCUGUGGGCUCUGUGUAUCAGAAGACUAACGCCAUGUCUGAAAUCAAACGGACCAAUAAAGACAACUUCUGGGCGCAGGCAGAGAAAGAUGAGGAGAAGCGGCAGCGGGAGGAGCGCAGCAAGGCAGAUGAAGAGCGCCACAAGCUGGAAAAAGAUCGGAAGGAUCGAGAGGCCGAGGAGGCAACUCUCAGAGAGAAGAGAGACAAGGAGAGGGCCUCUAUGAUUGACCAGCAGAAGAAGUACCAGCAGCAGCAGGAAGCUGAGAGCAGAGACAAUGAAAAACAACAAUGGGAGGAGCAGGAGAAGGACUUCCAGGCAGCUCAGAAGAAAGGGAUGAAGCGUGGUGAAUCUGUAGAGAAAGCCAAUGAGGCGGCCUCCCUGAUCUCUCAGCGCUCUAUGAACCCCAGAGAGAUGUUCAAGCAGAGAGAGAAGGGCAUGGCCCCCAGCACGGCAGACACCGACACCCCUGCUGCUGCCCACACCCCUGCCAGCCCCCAGCCAGGGCGUUUGAACAGCCCUUUUCUCUCUAAGCAACCAUGCGAGCCCGAGCCGUCCCGCUUGCCCCUGCGCCAAGCCUCCCCUCUGCCCACAGGCUCCGCCUCUCCUGUCCCUGCUGCAGAACCCAGUGUGGAUGAGACCGUUGUGGAUGAAUCCACUCCCAGUGUGGGUGAGCCAUCCCAAUCUGAGUGCUUGGAUGAGCAGGAUGCAACCCCUGAGGAUCAGUGGCAAGAUGAAGUGAAGGCAACAGCAGCUCCCACUGAGCACAACCAUGCCACAGAGCCAGCCCAAAACAACCUCUAUGAGGAGCCCCCAGAGGUGGAAGAGAACACGAAUGAGGUGGCUGCAAAGAAGACCGAUCGAGGCGUCUGUGCCAGGGCUCUAUACGACUACCAAGCUGCUGAUGAGACAGAGAUUUCCUUCGAUCCUGAUGACAUCCUCAAUGGCAUCGAGAUGAUUGACGAGGGCUGGUGGCGGGGCUAUGGCCCAGACGGUCAUUUUGGAAUGUUCCCAGCCAAUUACGUGGAGUUGGUCUAAGUCCGUACCUUGCCCGCUCACUGGACCCCCCCCCCCCAGAAGAAAGAAUUCGGCAGUAGGAAAACUUCUAGCUCCAGAACACAGCAUGUCAGAAGUAACUCAACAGUGAACUUUUCAGAGUCAAUUGCUGAACUGUAUCCGUCACAUUAUGGACCAAUGUAUGAACAGUGACCAGGGGGUGCUCAAAUCUAUCCCUGUUGAUGAGAGAAAUUUCAUUUAUGUUGCGAGAACUUAGGUGGCAUUGUUUAGGUUUUGAUGAAAUCCCAAACUGAAUCUCUUUCCUUCUGUGAUGCAGUAAAUUGUCAGCCUUUUUUUAAUGUUUCAAUUCAAGAUUCCAUUGUGAACAUUUAAUAGCACUUGUACAUCACAUAUCUUAAAAAGUGAAGCCAGUUUUGUUCCAGGUGUACUUGUUUUGUGUUAUUUGUAUCAUUCACUCAUGUCAUGUUCAGGAUAAUAACAUUUCAUAGCUCACAUAACGGUACCAAAUAUAUAUUUUUUGCCUUUUCCUCAGACUGACAUUUUAUGUGAGUUUGCUUAAAUAAUCCUGUGUGAAUUUCAAACCAUAGUUUGGUAUUGCAGUUGAAUAUUAGAAAACCAAAAUGUUCUAUAUUUGCUGUGCUCUCCUGUGUGGCUGACUUCAAGAAAAGAUGGGGGUGAAAAUGACACAAUCAUCAUAUCCUUGUGCAAAAGUAUUAUUAUUUUUUUAAAUAUGUAUUGAUUAUGCUACAGAGCUUGUCCCCAUACCCUCCCUCCCUCUGCCCUCUUUUGCCCCUAGAGAAUUCGAAUGAAUGACUGUUUCAGGGACCAGUUACACGAAACAAGGCAUGAGUAAUCUUUCCUAUUGUCUUGUCAUUAUCUGUGUCUUAGGUUAAGCAGAGACAAAUUGUACCCGUCUUUCACAGUCCAGCUUUCGUCCAAAUACAGGUCUGUGAAUGGCUUAAUUUAGCAGGCUUAAGAGAGCAAUGAUCAGAUGCUGUUAUCAUGUGAGAGUGCCAAAUGAGGGUAAAGGAGUGGGGUGAUGAUGCUGUCCUCUGGAAAGUGCUUUCUCUCAUUCUAAUCUGUGUGGAAACUUCAUAACUGUUAUGCAACUUCCCUGCUUUUUUUUUUAACUUAAUGAAAUCAUUGCAAUAAAAAGUUUGUGGGACAUUGUCACUUUAAAUAAAGAUUUAAAAAAUGAUUAAAAAGGGUCACUGUAAUUUCAAGGUGCAUGAUAUAUCCGUUGUCCUUGUUUUUCAAGAGUAUAUUGUAAUGCAAAUACUUUCGUCAUAAUAAAAGAGUUCAAGUAAAAUGUGUACAA